CAGUAUAUAAGUCUAAGCUUUUGCACUCGGCAGCUUCAAUAGCUACAAACUGUUUACAAUGCGCUGGCUGCUGUCUCUGCUCUUUGCUGCCUUCUUAGCCUUGGCAACGGCCGGCAAUGUUGUCAUCAAUGGCGUCUGCAGAGAUUGCUCGCCGCCAAUUGGCGAGCACGUCUUCAUAGGCGGUAAGGAAUACAAGGGAACGCCAGGCGCAGGCAAUGUCUACAUCAAUAACCAGGACAUGCAUGGGGCAGCUGCUGGUGAUGCACCUUAUCAGGUGCCCGAUGGUUACAGCGGACGUGUGCCAGGCGGCAGUUAUGUCCACAAUGCCGAUUGCAAUGGCUGUGAUAUUUCAGGCUAAGACUGUAGCAAACAAUUAAGUUAAUGUUAUUGGCUGUUGCUAAUUUAAUUUAAAGCAAAUAAAAGAAAUUUGUGUUCAAAAUAAA